AUGUGGCUUUUGGGCAUGGCUAAACUUAUGUCACUCCUUCAGUUUGAUUUCUCGUUGUUAAGAUGACCAUUUCUUUCAAUGUUGUCAUUGGUCGGCCUAUAGUAAUAAAGAUUCGAGCUGCAGUCUCUCAAUCAUAUCUGUGUAUGAACUUCUCCACACCUAUGGGAAUAGUGAUGUUAAAAGGUAACCAAGAGGUAGCCAGACAUUGUUACAUUACCUCGGUUACACAACCUCAGAAGAAGGUGACUCAAAUGCCGGAGAUUAAUGAUAGAGAUCUGAAUAGGACAACUCAAAUUGGGACUCGCUUGAACCUAGAAGAAAAGGUAGAGUUAAUAGCUUUCCUCCGAGCUAACAAAGAUGUGUUCGGUUGGACUUCAGCGGAUGUGGCAAGGAUCCCAACCUCAAUAUCUAUGCACAAGCUCAGCAACAAUCCCAUGAAAAGGCUAGUUGCACAGAAACAACACCUCUUCGGGGGGAAAGACUUAAGCUUGAAAGCUGAGGACCACUUGGUUGACCUUGAUGAAACUUUCAACAAUUUAAGGAAGAAUAUGAUGCGAUUGAACCCUGUAAAGUACAUCUUCAGUGUGGAAUUUGGAAAGUUUCUAGGUUUCAUCGUCUUUAGGAGGGGGAUUAAGGUCAACUCAGAGAAGAUCAAAGCAAUAGAAAAGAUGGGACCUCCGAAGUUAGUUAAAUAUGUGAAGAUGUUAACUAGGAAAGUUACAACCCUACACAAGUUUGUUUCAAAGUCAACUGAUAAGUGCCUUCCAUUUUUUAAGAUCAUGAGAUUGACAACUCAAAAAGAUGAAUCAGGUAGGCUGAAAAAGUUCAAAUGGACUCCAGAAUGUCAAGUUGCAUUUGACGAGCACAAGUCUCAGCUCACUUUCACUGUUGACUAAAGUUAUUGAUGGUGAGAUCCUUUAUUUGUAUCUUGGAAUUUCAAAGGAGGCAAUUGGUUUUGUAUUAGUGAGGGAAGAAGGAAAACAGUAAAAGCCCAUAUACCAU